AGUUCAGCCUCCCCAAAAUGUCCCCUCUCCCCCCGGUACCCCCCAGAAUAUACACAGUCCUACGACUGCAGGUAGGACCUGAAAAACCCCCCAUAUGUCCCCAAAUUCCCCCAAAUGUCCCCUGUCCCCCAGGUACCCCGCAGAAGACAUCGGUUGCAGCUGCACCAGGAGCGGGUGUCCCCCCAGGAGCCCCCUGUGCCCCCCCAAACCCUUGCCCUGGGACUUCUGGGUGCAGAUGUGGGAGCUCCGGGAAAAGCUGCGCCAGGCCCAGAAGCGACUCCGGAAGGUCCAGAGAGAAAAACGUAGCUUGGAGCAAAAGAACCAGCUACUUCAGGAGUCCAGGGAGCAGCUCAAGGAGUCCACAGAGACUCUACAUCAGGAGCUCAGGGAGCGGGAGAGGAGAGAGAGCACCCUGAGCUCCAGAGUACGCUCCCUGGAGUCGGAACUGGAGCGGCGUCUGCGGGAGGAGGAGCAGCGACAGAAUGAGACCAGAGCUCGUGAGGAAGAGCUCUCAAACAUCUCGGAGAACACAGAGGCUCAUCGGCGGCGGGUCGAGGACCAUCUCCACCUGCAGAAGGACCGGAUGGCCGCUCUCCAGGAGGUGCAAAGAUUGCAAAAAUCCCUCCGGGAUCAGCAGGAAGAACAGAUCCACCAUCUGGAGAUGGAGCGACGCCGCCUCCACAAUGACACCCAGGAGCCCAAAGACAACAUCCCCGUGUUCUGCCGUGUGCGGUCCGUGCUGCCGGAGGAGUCGGAGCGGCAGCGGGGGCUGCACCACCUGCACUUCUCCCCGCAGAACUCCACAACACUCAUUGUCAGCCAGCCCGACGAGGUGAGCAGCGACAUCCUUGGAGGAGCCUCAGGAUUGCUCCCUGCAGUGAUCCCUGCUCCAGCCUUGGAAUACAGAGCAAAAACCCAGGGAAUGCUCCGUGCCUGCAGCUCUCCCGCUCUGGGCUGUGCCACCUCCACACAGCUUCUCCUGGGAAGUUCUCUGCAGCCCAGCACAGGAGGAUCCAGCUCUGCUCGCGGCCCUCUGCUCCUGGAGUCGUCGAGGAGCAGCUGCAACAAUUCCCCGAGUCCCAUUCCCGCCUUUCGGGACAUUUCCUUGGAGCUCCCUUUGUUCUGUGACGUUCCAGAGCGAGGCUAUAGGGAUUUGUCUCAGUUUGAAGAAACUGGAAUGUUUGUUAAAGAGGAUGAGUUAUGAGACGGACCAAACUCUCUCUCUCUCAGCAACUGUAAAUUCAAAACUUAAGGGGGCUUUAAUCGAGGAAGUGUGGAAGAAAAGAAGAAAUAACAGCCCUUUCGUAUUCGUGGCUGGGCUUCACCAACAAAGAUUUGGGAAGGGCUCUACCCACAUUUGCUACAAGCACGCUGGUGGCUAAAGAGGCCAAUACGAGAUAGA